UGUGGGUAGGGCGGGCAGGCUGAAGCACAGGUGCCAGCACACAGAGUGCAUAAAUCGCUGGCAGUUGUGAGGGGCAGGGGGAAAGGACUGUGACCAGGCCUAGGUCUAGAGUUUCAGCUUGGACACUGAGCCAAGCAGCACGUAGUGCAAGCUGGGGAAGGCCACCCUGUCUCCAGCCCAGCCUCUCUCCUGCCUUCCAUCAUCAUGGGGAGCAACCUCAGCCCCCGACUCUGCCUGGUGUCCUUGGUCCUGGGUCUCUUGACUAGAGGUGUGAGCAUGACGUCCGAAAGCCCCUGCUCUCUGGAGGGAGUAGAAAUCAAAGGUGGCUCCUUCCGGCUUCUCAAGGAGGGUCAGGCACUGGAGUACGUCUGUCCCUCUGGCUUCUACCCAUACCCUGUGCAGGCUCGCACCUGCCGAUCCACGGGCUCCUGGAGCACCCUGCAGACCCAAGACCAAAAGAUUGUCAAGAAGGCAGAAUGCAGAGCAAUUCGUUGCCCAAGACCACAGGACUUUGAGAACGGGGACUAUUGGCCCCGAUCCCCCUACUACAAUCUGAGUGACCAGCUUUCUUUCCACUGCUAUGAUGGUUACACUCUCCGGGGCUCUGCCAAUCGCACCUGCCAAGCGAACGGUCGGUGGGAUGGGCAAACAGCCAUCUGUGACAAUGGAGCGGCGUACUGCCCCAACCCAGGCAUCCCCAUCGGCACAAGGAAGGUGGGCAGCCAGUACCGCCUUGAAGACAGUGUCACCUACUACUGCAGCCGGGGGCUCACCCUGCGUGGCUCCCAUCAGCGAACAUGCCUGGAAGGUGGCUCUUGGAGUGGGACAGAGCCUUCUUGCCAAGACUCCUUUAUGUACGAUACCCCUGGAGAGGUGGCUGAAGCCUUCCUGUCUUCUCUGACGGAGACUAUAGAAGGAGUCGAUGCUGAUGACGGCCACAGCCCAGGGGAACAACAGAAGAGGAAGAUUGUCCUGGACCCCUCAGGCUCCAUGAACAUCUACCUGGUGCUGGAUGGAUCAGACAGCAUUGGGGCACACAACUUCACAGGGGCCAAGAAUUGUCUCACACACUUCAUUGAGAAGGUGGCAAGUUAUGGGGUGAAGCCAAAAUAUGGUCUAGUGACGUAUGCCACAGAUGCCAAAACUUUGAUCAGAGUGUCUGAAGCACAGAGCAGCGACGCAGCCUGGGUCACAGAAAAGCUCAAUAAAAUCAGCUAUGAAGACCAUAAGUUGAAGACGGGUACUAACACCAAGAAGGCCCUCCAGGCAGUGUACAGCAUGAUGAGCUGGGAAGGGGACACCCGUCCUGAGGGCUGGAACCGCACCCGCCACGUCAUCAUUCUCAUGACUGAUGGCUUGCACAACAUGGGUGGGGACCCAGUCCCUGUCAUUCAUGACAUCCGGUCCUUGCUGGACAUUGGUAGGGAUCGCAAAAACCCCAGGGAAGAUUAUCUCGACGUCUACGUGUUUGGGGUUGGGCCUCUGGUGAACCAAGAGAACAUCAAUGCUUUGGCUUCCAAGAAAGAUAAAGAGCAACAUGUGUUCAAAGUCAAGGACAUGGAAAACCUGGAGGAUGUGUUCUUCCAAAUGCUUGAUGAGACGCGGACUCUGGGUCUGUGCGGCAUGGUGUGGGAGCACAGGAAGGGCACCGAUUACCACAAGCAGCCGUGGCAGGCCAAGAUCUCAGUCACUCGCCCUUUGAAGGGCCAUGAGAACUGCAUGGGUGCUGUGGUGUCUGAGUACUUUGUGCUGACAGCGGCACACUGUUUCACGGUGGAUGACCAGAAACACUCAAUCAAGGUCAGCGUGGGAGGGAAGAAGCAGGACUUGGAGAUAGAAGAAGUCCUAUUUCACCCCAAGUACAACAUCAAUGGGAAAAAAGCAGAAGGAAUUCCUGAAUUUUAUGACUACGAUGUGGCGCUGAUCAAGCUCAAAAAGAGGCUGGUUUACAGUGAGACUCUCAGGCCCAUCUGUCUCCCCUGCACCCAGGGAACAAAUCAAGCUUUGAGGCUUCCUCGGUCAACCACCUGCCAGAAGCAGAUGGAAGAGCUGCUCCCUGCAAAGGAUAUCCAAGCUCUGUUUGUGUCUGAGCUGUUCAAGGAUGGGAGGAAGAUGCUGGUUCGGAAGGAGGUCUACAUCAAGAAUGGGGAUAAGAAAGCUGGAUGUGAGCGAGAUGCUCUAAAAGCCCCAGGCUAUGAGAAAGUCAAGGACAUCUCUGAGGUGGUCACCCCCAGGUUCCUUUGCACUGGAGGCGUGAGUCCCUAUAGUGACCCCAACACUUGCAAAGGUGAUUCUGGUGGCCCCCUAAUUAUUCACAAGAGGAGUCGCUUCAUUCAAGUUGGCGUGAUCAGCUGGGGCGUAGUGGAUGUCUGCAGAGACCAGCGGCGGCAGCAGUAUGUGCCUGCUCACGCCCGGGACUUUCACAUCAACCUCUUCCAAGUGCUGCCCUGGCUCAAGGACAAGCUCCAACAUGAGGAUCUGGAUUUUCUGUGAGGGCUUUGCUGCUGGAAAGGGGAAUGAGGUCAAAUUAAAACAGCUGCGACAGUA